AUGGUGUUGUUGGGGAAGAUAGCAGUAUCAAUCCUCCUUACCUCUUCCACGCAAGCAUCUCAAGCCGUUGAGACUGACGGCAGCUACAACAACUACAACAACAACUAUUCAUCAUGUCGCUGUCGUGCCCACGAAAACUGCUGGCCUUCAAACGAUGCGUGGAAUGCCCUCAAUUCCACCAUCCAAGGCAACCUGCAAGCCGUUCGUCCCGUCGCGGCGCCCUGCUUCAAACCAUCUCCCGUCGCUGCGUCAUGUGCCGUGGCGGAACAAAACGCCAACAACUCUGUCUGGCGGUCCGCUCAACCGGGUGCUGUGCAAUGGACAAACUGGGAAGCACGGCCGGAGAAGAAGCAGACCUGCUACUUCGACCAACCCAAAGAUAUCCCCUGCGGGCAAGGUCGCGUGUCGUUAUACUCGGCCCUCGUGGAGACGGCAGAACACAUACAAGCUGCUGUUCGCUUUGCGGCCAAGUAUAACAUCCGAUUAGCUAUCAAGAACUCGGGCCACUGCUUCCUGGGCCGCUCCACCGCACCAGAGUCGCUCCAGAUAUCAACUUAUAAGAUGAAGAGCAUGAGUUUUACAAACAGCUUUGUUCCAGACGGUGCGGCCGAUAAUCCCUCGGCGUCACAUGGCCCUGCUGUGACGUUUGGAGCGGGAGUCCAGCUAAAGGAAUUGUAUGUGGCUGCUGCGAAGCACAAUGUUACCGUCGUUGCUGGCCUGUCACAUACCGUCGGUGCUGCUGGCGGUUACAUUCAGGGCGGAGGCCAUUCGCCGUUGGGCAAUUGGAAGGGGAUGGCAUCUGACAAUGCAUUGGAGUUCAAGGUUGUCAAUGCCAAGGGCGAGCUAGUCACAGCAAACAACUACAAGAACAAAGACCUCUUCUGGGCUCUUCGGGGCGGCGGGGGCGGCACAUUCGGCGUCGUCGUCAGCGUCACCAUUCGCACCUUUCCCGACGUGCCCUCUGGCUUCGCGAGCUUUGGCUUCGGUACACUUGCUGCCAACUCGUCGGCAUACUGGGACAUGGUGAGAGCCUUCCAUGUCCAUCUGCCAUCCAUAUCGGCGGCCGGAGGAGCAGGCUACUACGGGAUCAGCUCUGUGCCACGCGACAUUAACGGAACCAAGGUACUCGAAUUGACAGGCCUGUUCGGGUUCCUUGACGUGACACGCGAACAAGUUAUCCAAACGGCUGUGACCCCCAUGAUGGCAGAACUUGACCGGUAUGCCGGGCCUGGAUCCGGAUACAACAUCUCCAUGUACCCCCGAGUAUCCGAUUUUAUCCUCGGCUCACUCCCCGGCCUAGCGGAUGGAACAGGCGGUAUUGCGAUAGUCGGCUCACGUAUGGUGUCGCGGGAUUUUCUCCUCUCUGACAGUGGUCCUGCGCGUCUCACGGAUGCCCUUCGAGAUAUCACAAAACUGUCACCCACGGGAUUUACGGGGCACGUCGUCGCCGGUGGAGCUGCUGCCGAUGCUACCAUCGACUCAGCCCUCAAUCCGGCCUGGCGGAACACACUUACCCAUGUUGCCUUUGCCGUGGACUGGAACAGCACCACUUCUGCGAAGGAAAUCAAGGCUAUCCAGGAGGAGCUGACUAAUGUCAAGGUGGAAAAGUUGCGAGCUUUGGAGCCGCAGAUGGGUGCGUACCUCAACGAAGCAGACCCUAAUGAGAAGGACUUUCAAAAGUCUUUCUGGGGGACGAACUACGCCAAGUUGUACGACGUGAAGCAGGCUGUGGAUCCGGAUAAUUUGUUCAUUGCGCGCAAGGGGGUUGGCAGCGAGAAUUGGGACGAUGCCGGGCUGUGUAGGAGGACAACCGAGAUGGCGAGGCAAUAG